CCCUGGGUUUCCCGAACCCUUUUUAAUUUGCUCAACUUGCAUCUUAUUAAUUUAUUAUUUUCCUUCAUCUGGCUCAUUCUCUUUCCCUCUACCAAAUCUGGUUUGUAUAGUAUGAGGGUUUGAGGGAGCCUAACAGCCUCUCCUCCGCCAGGCCCCCAGGCUUUACAUUGCUUUCCAUCGAACUCUGCAAAUUUUGCAAUAGGGGGAGGGAUUUUUAAAAUUGCAUUUGCAAAGUUCGGUAUCUGGGCAGGAGAGGGGCAGAGGGAGGGAGGGAAUGAGGAGGCCCCGCCCCUACCGCCCUUUGCAAAUAAAAAUCUAGAGGGGGGAGGAGGAGCAGGAAGUGGCGGUGCGAGGGUUGCUGCACAGCGAGCAAAGCCGAGGUCCGGACGGCAGCGCGUGCCCCGAGCUCUCUGUCUAUCUCCGCCCGCCUGCCCGAGUCCAGCCCGCAGCCCCAAGCAGCAGUGCCGACAGCAGCCCCAGCAACAACGCCAUGUCCGGGUGGAACGCCUACAUCGACAACCUCAUGGCGGACGGGACCUGUCAGGACGCGGCCAUCGUGGGCUACAAGGACUCGCCCUCCGUCUGGGCCGCCGUCCCUGGGAAAACCUUCGCCAACAUCACGCCAGCUGAAGUCGGUGUCCUGGUUGGCAAAGACCGGUCAAGUUAUUUUGUGAAUGGGCUGACACUUGGGGGCCAGAAAUGUUCUGUGAUCCGGGACUCACUGCUACAGGAUGGGGAAUUUACCAUGGAUCUUCGUACCAAGAGCACUGGUGGAGCCCCUACCUUCAACAUCACUGUUACCAUGACUGCCAAGAGUGAGUGUUUGAGUUUUAUCCCUCAGUUAGCUCUUGAGUUCCCCUAUGUACUUACAUUUUUAAUCUUUUGGGGUUUUUUUCUGUGCAGUUCUUCAGUAUGGAAGGGGUCAGACCAGCAUUCUGCUGGGUGCUGAAACCUUUAGUUCUUAGU